AUGACUCAACUCCAGCAAGAGGUUUGCGAUGAAGAAAACAACGUCGAACCGGAAGACUCGCCAAGUCGAGGUCUGCAUUUGGCUCGGGCGUUUUACAACUCCUGUUUGGACAAAGCCUCAGUUGAAGCUCGUGGCUUCGAACCGAUGCAGCAAAGUUUGAAACAACUUUUCGGUGGAUGGACGCUUUUGCCAAACGGUUCAAGUGCGGCACUCAUUGUGGGCCAAUUCAAUUUGAGUGACCUCUACUUGCCCCUGUUUCGUCUGUUUGGUACCACCCCAAUUUGUCAGAUCGGAGUUGGAAACAAUCAAUACAAUACUUCAGAAUUUGUAAUUGAUCUGGUUGCUGCUUACCAGAAGUUUAUGAAGGAAUACAGCCAAAUGCUUGGUGUAUCACAAGAAUAUCUGACAACUUUGGAUACCAUCUAUCACUUUGAAAGAAAUAUAGCCAGUCACAACGCGGAACGGGAUGAGCAGAACCCGGAAAACGAAUACGAAGUGACAACGUUGACUGAGUUGCAAAACGCAUGUCCAGUGAUUCGGUGGAAGUCGCUUCUCAACGAACUGUUCAAACCGUUGCAAACAGUCAUUUCGGACAGUCAAUCGGUUGCAAUCAGCGGAAAGAAAUUCCUGCUGGCCAGAUGUGAACUGUUUACUAAUUAUACGAAAGACGAUCAGGGAAUUCGGACGUUGCACAAUUCCGCCGUUUGGUUCUUCCUAUGGAGGACUGUGACACAGAUGCCAAGCAUUGUUCAAAGGAAGCUGGAUGAAUUCAAGCAAAUAUCACUUGGUGAUAUCGUGGACCCGUUGCGUUGGCAAUUUUGCGCGACGGAAGUGGACCAACACUUUGACAGUGUACUAUCACGUUUCUUUGUGCGGGAUCGUUUCAACGAAGAAAUUCGAAAAGAUGUGAACAAAAUAGUUGAAAAUGUACAAACUGAGUUCAAGAAAAUGUUGAAUUCCAGCGCCUGGAUGAAAAAUGAAGAUAAGGUAAAAUCGUUGCAGAAAAUAGAGAAAAUGAACAUAUCGAUCGGCUAUCCACCGGACCUACUGAAUAUUACGAAGGAAAACGAAACAUUCUCACACUUGAAGGAAUUCAACGUGACGACUUACUUUGAGAACAAAUUGAAUUGUUUAGAGUCAGAAAGAAUCAAUGAAUUUCGGCAGCUGAUCAUGAAAGACCAAACCAAGUGGCACAUGUCUCCUAUGGCUGUCAAUGCAUUGUAUGACGAAACCCGGAAUACGAUUAUCAUUCCAGCUGGUAUCCUUCAAAGACCCUUCUAUGAUGGGAAUUAUAGCGUGGCGGUCAACUAUGGGGGGAUCGGAGUGAUCGUGGGACACGAGAUCACACAUGCGUUGGAUUAUCAAGGUUUUCACUACAGCUAUGUUUUGCGUGCAGUAAAUGGCAAGCUUACCCUCUGUGAAAAUAUCGCAGACAAUGGUGGACUGGAGGCUGCGUUCCAGGUGGGUACAUUAUGUUUGUUGGAAUAG